AUCAAAUUCAGCAUCAGAAUGACAAAACAUGUUGCUCUACUUUCAUCCAUGACCUUUCGCUGUGAAUUUUUAAUCAAGCCUAACGGUAAAAUAGUUCCUCAGCACCGGCGCUUUUAUCCUACGAUGAUUUUCAAAAAAUCAAGGCCGACUAGAUUUGGUGAAAUGAGCUAAUGUUUAAUUCAUGCAAGAUCGUUAAAAGAUCUGUCCACCGCCUACUGUCUAGCCAUCGAAAGUAAAAGUAGGAGAAGGCCCCAACCUUUCUUCACCGCGGUAGGCUCAACUCCAAAUUCAGUCUAGUCUGGACUGUGGCCGGAGUUGGUCGGUUAGCUAAAAAGUGAUCCUCGCGAUGGCCGUGGCACUGAUCGUACUGCUCGUGUGUGUUCUGCUGCUGUGCAUUGGAUACGUAAAGUAUCAGUACUCGUACUGGUCCCGACGGAAUGUUCCGUUCAUUAAGCCGCGGUUUCCGUACGGGAACUUUGCCGACGCGAACAGGAAAUCGAUCGCGGACGUCGCGAUCGAGCAGUACAACCAGAUGAAGAACAAGGGAAGGUUCUUUGGGUUGUACUUUUUUCUUCAACCGCUGGUGAUGAUCACCGAUCUGGAUUUGAUCAAAACGAUCUUCAUUACGGAUUUCACCUACUUUCCGGAUCGUGGCGUGUACCACAACUUUAAGGAUGAUCCGCUGAGUGCCCAUCUGUUCAGUUUGGAGGGAAACAAGUGGCGAUCGCUGCGCGCGAGGUUAACUCCCACGUUCACGUUGGGCAAGAUGAAGAUGAUGUUCCCGACGCUGAAGGCGGUUGGAGACAAUCUGUCGGAAUACCUUUCAAAAGCGGUUGGCAGUGGGACGGAGUUGGAGCUGAAGGAUUACAUGGUGCGGUUCACGAUGGACGUGGUGGGAAAUUGUGCGUUUGGGAUAGAGUGCAACAGCUUUUUGGAGCCAAACAGCGAGUUCAGGAUGUGUGGCAAGGAGUUUUUCGACAGUCCGAGGCAUUCGACGAUGAUGCGAUUGUUUUUGAGAUUGUUCCCAGAGUUGGGUCAGAAGUUGAGGAUCAAGUGGCUGAAUGAUCAUGCGGCUGGGUUCUUUUACAAGUUGGUGAGGGAUACGAUCGACUACAGACAGAAGAACUCGGUGGAGAGGAAUGAUUUUAUGAGCUUGUUGAUCGCGAUGAAGAACAAGGGGGAGCUUUCGAUGGAUGAGACCGCUGCGCAGUCGUUCAUCUUCUUCCUUGCUGGAUUUGAGACGUCCUCAUCUAAUCAGACAUACUGUUUGUACGAGUUGGCCAAGAAUCCGGAGUACCAAGACAAGGCUCGAGAAUGCGUACUGAAAGCGUUACAGAAGCAUGGUGGACUGACCUACGAAGCAGUCUCCAAUAUGCAGUACCUGGAUCAGUGCAUCAACGAAACUUUCCGACUGUACCCGUCGGUCCCCGUUCUGGAGCGGAAGGCAUUCCGGGACUACAAAAUUCCCGGCACAGACGUGAUCAUCCCCAAGGGCAUGAAGGUCCACGUGCCGUCUUUUGCGAUCCAUCGUGACGAGCAGCACUACCCUGACCCACUGCGAUUCAACCCGGACCGGUUCCACCCGGAAGAGGUGGCCAAACGGCAUUUGUGUACCUUCCUGUCGUUUGGUGAAGGUCCCCGCAUCUGCAUUGGAAAGCGCUUUGGAAUGCUGCAGUCCAGGGUCGGUCUGGCGAACGUGCUGAGUAAGUUCCGGAUCUUCCCCUGCUCGAAGACGGCUAUUCCGUUGGAGUACUCGACAAGGUCGUCCGUGUUACAGCCUAAGGGUGGUUUGUGGCUGAGGCUUGAACCUUUGUAGAUCUUAAGUGUUGAAUGUGUUUUGAGGAGAUUAAUAUUUUACACAAUAAAGUUUGUUUGUUUAUAAA